AUGGCCCGACGGAGCGGCCAGGGCAGCCCAGGAGCCUGCUUCGAGCUCCGGGGCUUGUUGCUGCCGGCCAAGACCACCGAUGGAAAAGAGGAGGAAGACGAAGGGCAGGGCGACGACCCGGAGCCCCUGCUUGAGCUCCCCGAAGACUCGAGCCAACUGUCUUUUUCCCAGCCCUCGCUCCGGACAGUUAUAAUAAAAGAAGAAAAAUCCCAAAAAGAAUACCAAGUGGUUGGACGAUUUUCAUUUAUUGGCCCUUGGUGGAAAGUGAAUGUUAAAGUAGUGCAGGAUGGAUCAAAGUACAAGGUACAGGGGUACCCAUCUUACAUUCUACAGACUCAUCCAGGAAAAAAUUGGAAAGCAGUUAUUUCACUCUUUUUUAAGGAAUGUAAGGUUCCAGAAGAAUUUAAAACAGCAUUUUUUGAGUGGCUUUCUGAACGGUCUUCCCUAAACUUUAAACACCUGGAAGAAAUCUUAAACCAGUUUACAGUGUCAAAACUUCAGGAAGGAAGACACUUAGACAUUUUUCAUUACAUUAAGAACUCACCUGCAGGGAAAGCUGUUCUGGUAGCCUUGGUCUUCCCUGCUAUCAUGGAAUUCUUGCCUACUCUUCUGCCACACAGUAUAUCCAGUUGCAUUGGGUGGUUGGACUGGAGUGAAAGCAGUGACAAAGAAUGCAAAAAUGGUAAACUAACAAAACUGAACACAAUCUUAACAGAAGAACCAUGGAAACUUGGAUUCAGCACACUAGUAUACAGAGAUCUGCAGUCUUACGUUGGUGAAGCAUCUUGGAAAGCCUUCUCUGAAUUCCCAGAACUUCUUGAAAAGAUUCCUGAUUUACAGAAAAAUGCAUUAAUAAUAUAUGCAAAACUCCAGAAGAGGUGUAGAGACAUGGGACAUACAUAUGAAGAACUGGAUGCAUUGAUGCGUAUGGUCCCUGACAUAUCCACUGAACAUACUUGGCAGUCACUUACAUUUAUGAAAGAUGAGAAGAUAGUGGUGAUUGAGAGAAAAUUAGUGUUCCUUUACAAGCUGUACAAAGCAGAAAAAGACAUUGCAUUGGUUAUGUAUGAGCUCCUAAAGAAAACCCCGUGGCGGUUGAAUGUUGAUGUGACAAAGGUACUUAAUAGAGGUGCACAUAUUAACGGUUCAAAAGGCCCAGAUGAGAAUAAAUUAAAUGAAGAAGAGGAACCUUGUGAACUGGAUCAUGUAGAACCUAACAGCAAUUUGGAUGUGCAAGAAAAUAUGGAAGAAACCACCAAUAAAGAAAUGCAUGAAGCAGAACUGGAUCCAGAUCAGGAGAAUGCAAUGGAAUUGAUUUGUUCCAAUCCAGUGACUGUCAUGAGUGGCAAAGGUGGCUGUGGGAAAACAACAGUGGUUAGUUAUCUUUUUAGCUAUCUAAAGCAGAUGGAAGUUGAAGAAGUUAGAAGAGCCUGUGAAGAUUUUGAGGCAGACCUGGAUACAUCAGAAGAAUGGAAAACUUCUAGGCCGUCUUCUCAUUUGAACAUCCAUUCAAAUAAAAGUGAAUCAUUAGAAGUCUUGUUUACUGCACCUACAGGGAGGGCAGCAGGUUUGUUGAGUAAGAAAACAGAUCUUCCUGCUUAUACUCUGCAUCAGGUUGUCUACAGCUAUUACUCUGGGGCCAAACCAUGGAAGUUUUCUAAUGUCAAAGUGUUGGUUGUAGAUGAAGGAAGCUUGGUGUCUGUAGCUGUUCUUAGCAGAGUCUUAAAACUCUUAUUCCACAGUGCUCAACUUGCAAAGCUUGUUAUUCUUGGUGAUAUUAGACAGUUACCCAGUAUUGAGCCUGGUAACAUGCUGUGCGAUGUAUUUGAGAGUCUGAAAUCAAGAAUUUGGUCAGUAGAGCUCAGAACUAAUCACAGAGCCGAGUCGCAGUUAAUUGUGAAUAAUUCAACAAGAAUCUCUAAGCGGGUGUACCCAGAGUUUGAUGCAGUUCUCAGAAGUUCUGACCAGAGUAAAACCUGGCCAAUGCCAAGUCCAGAGAAAAAAUUUAUUUUAGUUGUCCUGUCUUCUAAAAAUGACUUGGAGCCUGCCAUAAAGUCUUUGCUUAAAGGAGGACCAGGGCUUGAAGAUGCUGAACAGUCACAGUUCAUUUCUUUUAGAAGGGACGAUUGUAGCAUCAUCAAUGAACUCUGUUGUCAGCACUACUCAAAUCAUCCAAUGCGAGAUCAUAAAAACCAAUUACAAUUUCAGUGUGGUGAUAAAAUUAGUUCCACAAGGAAUGCAUACAUAAGAGAUCUUCUUCCAACUGAUAAGACUUGCACAAAGAAUAAUAAAGAUUCUGGUCCAUGUGUUUGUGACAUGUGCUUUACAAGAGAAGAUUGCCUUUCUGGACGGACUGCACCUUCCCAUGAAAAUGAAGCUACUGAUUAUACACGCUUGUGCAACGGAGACAUAUUCUUCAUUGAAGAGGACCGAGAGGUUGACAAGUGUCGCCUCCUGACCAUUAGAAGCACUGAUGGAUCUACAUACACCCUGCUUUAUCGAGGUCUCCUGAGAGUCUGUAAGAUACAGCAUGCCUGGGCCAGAACUAUUCACACAUUUCAGGGUUCUGAGGAGAAGACCAUUGUUUAUGUCGUUGGAAAUGCUGGUCGCCAGAACUGGCAGCAUGUUUACACAGCUGUCACUAGAGGACGUAGCCGGGUCUAUAUUGUCGCUGAAGAAGACAACCUCCAAAAAGCCAUAGCUACCAAAGAGUUCUCCAGAAAAACUUACUUACGAAAACAUUUGCAAGAUGCAUUGAUGGGAAAAAUUGAUUCUUUUGAGGAAACGUUUUCUUCUCAAAGGAACAUGCAGAGUGAAGAGGACAGGAUUUAUGAUUUUGCUACUCAUGCUGGAAAUAAUUGUAUUAACUGUGAGCAGUCUGCAGUUUCUGAUGAAAUUAAAGAUGACAACAGAUGGAGAACUGUUGAGCUGACUGAAAUGUCACGUCACCCAAGUGGGCUUAAAAGGCAAAGAACCUUUCCAGAGGACUCUUCAAGCCCCUCUCAAAUAAUGGAAGACAACUCCACACCUGGAAUUAACGGACUUCAAAACAAGGCACUGGAGGGUACUGUUCCUAAAAAACCUUUUCUAUUGUAA